GGGAGAAUUCACCAAGACAACAGGAAACCAAUGUCCUCUCAUCACAGCACUCCUGUCAAACAAACUUCUGCCCGUCAACAGAUGAACGCCGACUUUAAAAAUGACCGUUUACCAAGGAAUUGCAAGAGGUGGAGCAGCGUUGACAUUCAGAGGCAUACAUUGUCGAAGAGCCGCCGCAUGGCUAUACGUAGACCUACAAACAUGUUUAACGCUCAUUACAAUAGUUUGUCCCCAAAUGAGGAGCGUUUCCUAGAGGCGGCUGAGUACGGAAAUAUUCCUGUCAUCCGUAGGAUGCUAGAAGAACUACCGGAACUUAAUGUCAACUCUGUGGACUACAUGGGCCAGAACGCAUUGCAGCUUGCAGUUGACAAUGAACACCUGGAAGUGACAGAAUUCCUGCUGCAGAAAGAGAACCUGGCCCGGAUAGGUGACGCUCUGCUGUUAGCCAUAAGUAAAGGCUACACUCGUAUUGUGGAGGCCAUCCUGGGCCAUCAAGCCUUUGCAGACACAACCAAACUUACCAACAGCCCCCUCCAGGCAGAGGCACAAGACGACUUCUUCGCCUUUGAUGAAAACGGUACUCGAUUUUCUCAUGAUAUAACACCCAUUAUACUAGCUUCUCAUUGCCAUGAGUAUGAGAUUGUGCACAUUCUACUAAGGAAGGGUGUCCGCAUUCAACGACCACAUGACUACUUCUGCAAAUGUAACAGCUGCCUCUACCACCAGAGGCAUGACUCUUUCAGCCACUCGCGUUCCAGAAUCAAUGCCUACAAAGGUCUGGCUAGCCCCGCCUACCUGUCCCUGUCCAGUGAAGAUCCAGUGCUGACGGCUCUAGAGCUCAGCAAUGAACUGGCCGUACUGGCCAACAUAGAGAAAGAAUUUAAGAAUGAUUAUAAGAAGCUGUCUAUGCAGUGUAAAGAUUUUGUGGUUGGACUUCUGGAUCUGUGUCGCAACACUGAAGAGGUGGAAGCUAUUUUGAAUGGAGACAUUGAGACAGAUGGACACUUUGAUACUGCCGGGAGACCUAGCCUGGUCCGAUUAAAACUGGCCAUCAAAUACGAGCUGAAAAAGUUUGUUGCCCAUCCAAACUGUCAACAGCAGCUCUUGUCUAUCUGGUAUGAGAAUCUGUCCGGGCUCAGACAGCAGACCACAGCAGUGAAGUUACUCAUGGUUCUGGGGGUGGUGGUUGGACUGCCCAUCUUGGCCUUACUGUACUGGAUUGCACCCUCAAGCAAGUUGGGGAAGAUCAUAUGUGGUCCUUUCCUGAAGUUUGUGGCACAUGCUGCUUCUUUCACAAUCUUUCUUGGGCUUCUCAUCAUGAACGCCGCUGACCGUUUUGAAGGGACGACACUCCUGCCAAACAUGACUGUCCAUGACCACCCGUCCCAACUGUUCCGCAUGAAAACCACCCCUUUCACCUGGAUGGAAAUGCUGAUCAUUUCCUGGGUCAUAGGAAUGAUCUGGGCUGAAUGUAAAGAGAUAUGGUCUCAGGAUCCUCGGGAAUAUUUCUUGGAGCCCUGGAAUUUGCUGGACUUUGGAAUGCUGGCCAUGUUUGUGACUUCCUUCAUUGUUCGAUUUAUCGCAUUUUGGCAUGCAAAUGUUGCACAGAGUUAUGUCGACAAGCACUACACAGAUCUAUCAAACAUUACCUUGCCCUUAGAGAUAGAAUAUUAUCGACAUGCUCGUGUUCACUGGGCUCCUUCGGACCCUCAGUUGAUCUCUGAGGGUCUUUAUGCCAUCGCAGUGGUCCUGAGCUUCUCUCGGAUAGCGUACAUCCUGCCAGCCAACGAGAGCUUUGGACCCCUCCAGAUAUCUCUAGGACGGACUGUGAAAGACAUAUUUAAAUUCAUGGUGAUCUUCAUCAUGGUGUUUGUGGCCUUCAUGAUAGGAAUGUUUAACCUCUAUUCAUACUAUCUUGGGGCGAAGCAGAAUGACGCUUUCACAACUGUUGAAGAAAGCUUUAAAACAUUAUUCUGGGCUAUUUUUGGACUUUCCGAGGUCAAGUCUGUUGUCAUCAACAACGGGCACAAAUUCAUUGAGAAUAUUGGCUACAUUCUUUAUGGAGUCUACAACGUUACUAUGGUUAUCGUCUUACUCAAUAUGCUCAUCGCCAUGAUCAACAACUCAUUUCAGGAAAUUGAGGGCGAUGCAGAUGUGGAAUGGAAGUUUGCCAGGGCGAAGCUGUGGUUCUCUUACUUUGAAGAAGGUGGAACCCUACCUGUGCCGUUUAACCUGAUACCCAGCCCUAAAUCAGUUAUUAACCUGGCCUUGAAACUCAAAAAGCUCCUGCUAAUACUCCUGCACAGGCACAAAGAGGACCUGAAGGAGGACACAGAGCUUAAUGAGUCAGGCAAACAAAAAGACUCAAAUGAGAAGGAUUCAGCUCAUCCAAGUCGUUACCAGAGGAUUAUAAAACGUCUAAUCAAACGAUACGUCAUAAAAGCACGGACGGACAGAGAGAAUGAUGAAGCUAAUGAAGGAGAACUAAAGGAGAUCAAGCAGGACAUUUUGUGUUUACGUUACGAGCUCCUGGAGGAGAAGUCACGUCAAACGGAGGAGCUAGCAGAGUUGAUCAGGAGACUCGGAGAAAGACUGGUCACACAACAGAACCUUUAGUAAUUCUCAACAGUGUCUUGGCAUCAAAUAUCAGGACAUACAUUCAUUCUUUGUGAGUAGUUUAAGACUACAUUAAUAAAUGCAUUCCUCUUUCUAAUCCAUAUUUUCUGAUUUUAUAAGCAACUUUUCCUCUAGAGACCAGAACAUCUGUGGGACAAAAUCUGAAAUUCAAUGAUAUUAAAGCAGAAGUGUGAAAGUUUUUUGAAUGUUGAUUUUUUCUUUCUCUCCUAUCUCAUCUUAAUAUGCAGAGAAUGCUAUAGGUAAGCCAUCCUCAAAAAGUGUAAACACUGAAUAAAAACAUUGCUCUUUUUGUUUGAGCAUCCUGACCAGCCCAACACAGCAACACUGGACUGACUGUUUUGUUUUUUUUUGUUUUUUCUGACCAAUUGAAGACAAGGGGAGUGUUUAGGAAACCUGUUUGAAAACAGUGAUUAUUGAAAGACACUCUUCAUCUUUAAAAUGUAAAUACAUUUUAGAAUAAGAUUUGAACACUUCUAAAUAUACAGAAGCCAUUAUGAGGCUAACCUAAUCAUCAUCACGUUUUUGCAUUUCAAGACAUCUGCUAUUGUGUUGCCAUGCUAUGCAAUGCUCUAAAUAAACAUGCACUAUUUUAAAUGUAUUGGUGUAUGUCAAGAAUUUGGAAAUUUGUCAUAAGUUAACAUGUUAUGAUUAAAAUGUCAUGGAAUCAGGGUCCACUACAGAUUGUCAUCUCUGCAACCCCUUUAAACAGGAUUGAUUAACCCUGAUAAAUAAUGAUUCACUGUAUGAGUUUUCACAGGAGACAAGGUGUUAGUGUUAUAUGGCUGAUUUAUAAUAUAAUAAAA